AUGAUGACGCCCUCUCAACUUCAAUUCUUGAAACCAAGCCAACCUCAACUCCAAAGGAUGGACCUUAGGAGUCUUACUUUGAAAAGGAAAACUCAAUCCUCGACGUCGGGGACCACGACCAACAAUUGCCAAACGCCAUUGCAUACCCGACUCUCUCCUUCAGGGAAGUGUAUUCAAACACUUUCACCGUUCCCAAAUAUUGUUUCAACGGUACCUCAAUCUCCUUUACCUUUGGUUCCUCAAGUCAAGCAAGAAGAGGAACAUGAUUCUCUUCACUCCUCCACGUGCUCUCACAAUAAUUGUUUGACGAGGCCUGAACUCACUCCAUUCUCACGUUAUGUACAAACACAACGGGGAGAUGACAAAAUGUCAACCUCUUCGCAAGUGUAUAUUCAGAGAAUGAGAAGAAUUGAAAUGCUCAGGAGAGAAGAAAACCUGAGACGAAACGUUGUGAAACUUUUGAACACCACAAAAGGCACCAUGAGUGUUGAACAAAUAAGCGUGACCUUUGAUGAAGAUUUGAGCUCAGUUCUGCCCGUUGCCUCUAAUCAGAACCAACCCUUGACAAUGAAAUUGAGUCCAGACAGCAGCAGUAUUAUUUCGGAUGUUUCUCAAUCGUCUCAACACUCAACAAACACCAUACCAACUUUAGAAACAACCUUUGUUUGUGACAGAAAGAAGAACAUUUGUCAAAUCAUUCGAAAAAUUCGAGCACGUCAUUAUCGAUCGUUCUUCAAUUUGACUCCUUCUCAAAAAUCUGCUUGGAUCACCCUUAAUCACUUGCUAAAAACCCAACACUAA